UAAGUGAAAUAAGGUAAACGCGAUGAUUUUGUCAAAGAUGGAGCAGAUGUUUAGUUCAAUGUCAGUCUCUAAAAUCAGCCACACCACAUGAACGGUGUCAUAAAUAAUACAAUCAUGCUGCCGUCAAUGUUCCGUGUGAUGUGGAGAGCUGCUGUCUGCGACCUGAGGACAAGAAGAACUCCGGCCUGCAGACGAGUCUUCACCUGCGAUGGAGUCCCAGGUGGGCUGGCGGAUGCGGAGACCAUCUUCUCCUUGUCGUCGGGCCACGGCCGGUGUGGCGUGGCCGUGGUGCGAGCCAGCGGGCCGGCUUCAUCCGCGGCCCUGAGGACCAUGACCAGGCUCAGGGGCAGCCUGCCCCCCCCUCCACGGGAGGCCCUGUUGCGCAACAUCAGGGACCCCCGAUCCAAAGAAGUGCUGGACCGCGGACUCGUCUUCUGGUUCCCAGCUCCACACAGUUUCACGGGAGAGGACAGCGUGGAGUUCCACCUCCACGGCGGUCCCGCUGUCAUCACUGCUGUUCUUCGCGCUUUAGGAAGCGUGCCUGGCAUGAGACCUGCUGAAGCUGGGGAGUUCACACGGAGGGCCUUCCAGGCGGGGAAGCUGGGUUUAACAGAGGUGGAGGGGCUCGGGGAUCUGAUCCACGCCGAGACGGAGGCCCAGAGGAGGCAGGCGCUCCGGCAGAUGUCCGGAGACCUGGGACGCCUCUACCUGGACUGGAGCCACACACUGAAGAGGGCUCUGGCUCACGUCGAGGCCUUCAUCGACUUCAGCGAAGACGAGCUCAUCGAGGACGGGGUCCUGGACCAAGUGGACGCCUGGGUGUGCGACCUGCAAGCGGAGAUUGAGCGCCACCUGCAGGAUGAGCGGAGGGGCGAGCGGCUGCGCGGCGGGGUGCAGGUGGUCAUCGCCGGAACCGCCAACGCCGGGAAGAGCAGCCUCCUCAACGCGCUGUGCCAGAGACCGGCAGCCAUCGUUUCGCCCGUCGCCGGCACCACCAGAGACGUCGUGGAGACGGCGCUGGACAUCGGCGGCUUCCCCGUCCUGCUGAGUGACACCGCCGGCCUCAGGGAGAGCCCCGACCUGGUGGAGCGGGAGGGGGUUCGCCGGGCCCGGGAAAGAGUGGAUCAGGCCGAUCUGACCCUGGUGGUCGUGGACUGUGCUGAUCUCCCUCCUGAUGCAGAGCGAGCUGCAGCCUUCCUCCAGGGGUACCUCAGCAGUGUGCUGCCCCCUCAGGAGCAGCCGCAGUCAGUAUUUCCGGCGUCUCUGUUGGUGCUGAAUAAAACGGACCUGCUGCCUGAGGCCCAGCGGCUGGCGCUGGACCGGGAGCUGAGGGGGGUCUCCGGUUUGCCUCCCGUCUGCCACAUCUCUUGUCUCACUAGUGAGGGGCUGCAGGACUUCCUCUCAGUGCUGCACGCCAGUGUCAAGACUCUGUGUGGCGACCCUCUGGCGUGCGCCCCCACCCUGACCCAGGCCCGCCACAGGGCCCACCUGCAGCAGUGCUGUGCGGCGCUGGCUCAGUACCGGCGCUAUCGAGGCGGUGACCUGGCGCUGGCGGCCGAGGGCGUCCGGCUGGCUCUCACCAGUCUGGGCCGGAUCACUGGACGCGUCGGGGCCGAGGAGAUCCUGGACAUCAUCUUCAAAGACUUCUGCAUCGGGAAAUAGUCGACGUGAAACGCAUGAAAUAUUAUCUCGGAGAGGAAGAGCCGCGUUUGAUCCCAGAGUCCUCGGCGCAGAGCGGGCCCCGCCCCGUCAUUGUGCAGCGUUGAGAGGCCCGAAAGGUCAAAAGAAUUCAAGACGAAGGACUAUUUUGGUUUGACGUUGCUGCUCGGUGGCAGACUGAAGUCGUUCUCACAGGAUAACAGGUGCCUCGGACGAGCCGCGACCGUCUUGAAUGGUCAUGCAAAAAUAGCUCCUGAUAGCUGAGCAUUGGGCGAGAUCAUUUACAAUGAAGCGGCAAACCUCUGCAAGGUCACACGGUUUGGAUGUUUACGUGUGUGUGUAAAAUUGUGUCCCCACGUGACACCUUCUGGUCAAGUCCUCACGGGUCUACAAGUUCAAGUUUGUGUGUGUGUGGUAUUAUGUCCGCAAUAAUGGCGAUAAUGUGUGUUUUCAUAACAAAUCAAAUGUAGGACAUGAAUAAGAGGCCACAGAAGAAAGAAGGGUAAUAGGAUUGCCUUUAUACCUAAAUUAUUAAUUUAUAUUCACAACUGGUGCAACAUUAAUAGCAUCUUAUAGCUCUUCGUGCUUCUGGACCUUGUUUUACAUGUCAUUACAUGUUUGAAGACUCAUCAGGUUGUUACUGUAAAUAAAAUGGAAGUAAGGCUCA